AUGUUUGAUACGAAAAUGCAACGUUACGGCGACGACUCUGAAAAAAUCACCUCACUGGUUUAUGUUGUUCUUGCUAUGUGGAAGUUACCAUUCGGUUUGUUUGGCAACAGUAGUAUUGUGAAGAUAAUAAUGGACGCGGACAAAGCGUUAGAAAACUUGGGCGAAAAGGUCGAUUACAACAGAGACGCUCUUUCUGCGUCUAGCAUAUUUGUCGGACUGGUCAUCGUCCAAUUACUCCGAUUAUUUUCCAUUUGGUUAAUACUCAAAAACUUGAAUAUAAACAUACCAGCUGCAAGAGUAUACCAAGCAGUAUUCUCUGAUACGCUGGCACUUAUUGUUACAUCGUUUUACUGCUAUUUCUUGAGUGUCCUGAGAAAUAGAUAUCGAUAUGCAAAUAAAGUGCUGGCUGAAAUAAAUUCACAAAAAGCUUGGGAAUACAAAAUUUUUGUUAGGGGCAGGAUGCCCACAAAUAUGCAUAAGGCAGAAAAUCUACAAGAUAGGUUAAUAAGCGAGAAAAUAAAGUCAUGUGCUAAAAUAUACGGCAUGUUCUACAAAGUGGUCGUUGGUGUUAACGAUGUCUUCGGUUUUAUUUUGCUGAUGACGACGUUGGUGUCUCUCAUAUAUGUAAUCUUGUACCUAUUUUACUUCCUCGAAGCGACUUCAGCGGGCUUGUUUCACGACCUACCGAAAUACAUCGACUUUUGUAUUUACGUUUUCUGGCAAGCCGCUUAUGGUAUUGCCAUAGUGUUUUUAAUCGUUUUAUUUUGCGAAGGUGUGAUGCGUGAGGCAAGACAAACGUCAUAUAUUCUGCAUGAGAUUAUGAGCAGCGAUUUCAGUCCUACCGUAACGUCGGAGGCGAUGCAGUUAUCUCUGCAACUUUUGCAUCAGAGGCCUACGUUCACAGCGCACGGUCUCUAUAAAUUUAAUUACGCAUUGUUUGAACAGGCUGCCCGUUCGGUGUCUACGUACUUAGUUAUACUUCUGCAAUUUGUAACAGAUGCAAACAUGUAA